CACUUGCGGGUUGUGUCCAGACCAAUAUUAUCAUUACUCUCUACAGAGUACGCCUCCAGUUUGUCCACUUAACCCCUCGUCUGGCCAACGAAACGCACCUUUGAGCGAAAUCGCUGUCUCACGACAUAUGUGGUGACAUCGGGCUGGCGAGAAAACGGCAACAGCACCGGGAAAGCGUGGACAUGGGCCGCUUGGCCCCGCCGUCCCAGCUUCUGUCCGGAUCAUCGCAGCUUCUGCUGCUGAUGCUGACGCUCGGCACGGUUGCAAGAGUUGCAAAUGGUUGUCAGAUAUCAGAAGUGCAGGUGAGUGCCAGGAGUGAAACAACGAUCACAGUCACGUGGACGGAGGUCGGCGUGGACGCCACCAGCUACGUCUUACAAUUGUACGAUCAGUCGACAUUCACAUACUCCCCCUUCACCAUCAAUGGGAGUGCCUCCAACUUCACAUUCACGGGGCUGGUGCCUAACAGAUACUACAGCAUUGCCAUAACUGUCAACUGCACUGGCGGAAGCAACGUCUCAUCCACCGUGUACGACAGCACAUUGCCACCCAAAGUCAAUGUGACCAUCACUGGCAAGACCAUGACAAGCAUGAGCUUCUCGUGGGAGGUUCCUUCCUCCAGUUUGUCAUACAAUGCUCGCUUGAAAGACAAUAACAACAUAAACCAGUCCUCGUAUGUGCUGUCUACGGGUAGCAUCACAUUCACCAAUCUGAUUCCUGACACAAACUACUAUGCAUAUGUGGAGACGAGAAAUCUUUAUUGCUCCCAAGGAUCUGAUGUGGUCAUGGAUAGAACCUUGCCAGCCAAUGUCAAUGUCAGCACCAUUGCCAAGAAUGCGACCACCAUAACAGUGUCAUGGAACAUGUUCCUCUGUUGA